CAGGACUCCAUGUCCCAGAGUUCCCCGCGGCUCGGUGGUCCAGGGUGGACCUGUGUGAGGUGAUCCGGCCGCUCAGCAUCACUGUUUACCAGAGACACGGACCGGAGGAGCAGCACCGGAGACCUGCCCUUGGAACCGGAGAGCCGUACCGGAGAACUCGGAGUCUUGUGGCCGGCAGACGAGCGGCGUUGUUGGGCGUGCAGGCGGUGAAACUCCCGGUGCUGCGGUGUUUUGUUGUGCGGGAUGGACGCGGCGGAGGGCGGAGUGUGCGGGGUGAAGGUGAUGUGCCGCUUCAGGCCGCUGAACGACGCCGAGCGGAGCCGUGGAGACAAAGAAGUCCCGAAAUUUAACGGGGAGGACACGGUGGUGGUGACGGGGAAGCCGUAUGUGUUUGACAGAGUUCUUCCUCCGAACACGGAGCAGGUUCAGGUGUACGACGCCUGCGCCAAGCAGAUCGUCAGAGAUGUGCUGGGAGGCUACAACGGCACCAUCUUUGCUUACGGUCAGACGUCAUCAGGAAAGACUCACACCAUGGAGGGGAAGCUGCACGACCCCCGGCUGAUGGGAAUCAUCCCUCGCAUCGCCAGCGACAUCUUUGACCACAUCUACUCCAUGGACGAGAACCUGGAGUUCCACAUCAAGGUGUCCUACUUUGAGAUCUACCUGGACAAGAUCAGAGACCUGCUGGACGUGUCUAAGACCAACCUGGCAGUUCACGAGGACAAGAACCGGGUUCCCUUCGUCAAAGGCUGCACGGAGCGUUUUGUCUCCAGUCCAGAGGAGGUGAUGGACGUCAUCGACGAGGGGAAAGCAAACCGACACGUAGCUGUAACCAACAUGAAUGAACACAGCUCUCGCAGUCACAGCAUCUUCCUGAUCAACAUCAAGCAGGAGAACGUGGAGACGGAGCUGAAGCUGUCGGGGAAACUUUACCUGGUUGACCUGGCAGGUAGUGAGAAGGUGAGUAAAACAGGAGCAGAAGGUUCUGUGUUGGAUGAAGCCAAGAACAUCAACAAAUCUCUGUCGGCUCUGGGGAACGUCAUCGCCGCUCUGAGUGAAGGAACGAAAACCCACGUCCCGUACAGGGACAGUAAGAUGACCAGAAUCCUGCAGGACUCUCUGGGAGGAAACUGUCGAACCACCAUCAUCAUCUGCUGCUCACCGUCCGUUUACAACGAGGCCGAGACCAAGUCCACGCUCAUGUUUGGACAGAGAGCUAAAACCAUAAAGAACACAGUGUCUGUGAACCUGGAGCUGACCGCUGAGGAGUGGAAGAAGAAGUACGAGAAGGAGAAAGAGAAGAACAGGAGUCUGAAUAUCAUGAUCCAGAAGCUGGAGAAUGAGCUGAAGCGCUGGAGGAAAGGUGAGUCCGUACCUGUGGAGGAACAACUGAGCAGAAACAAGAAGGCCAGUGCCGAGGCGACAGCAGUGAUUGACAGCUUGGCCCCGCCCCCCGUCCCUCUGUCCAAUGAGGAGAAGACGCAGUACGAGACGCUCAUCACCGACCUGUACCAGCAGCUGGACGACAAGGACGAUGAGAUCAACCAUCACAGCCAGACGUCAGAGACGCUGAAACAGCAGCUGGUGGAGCAGGACGAGCUGCUGGCGUCCAGCCGGCAGGACUAUGAGCGACUGCAGGACGAAGUCUCCCGCCUGCAGAGGGACAGCGACUCGGCCAAAGAGGAGGUGAAGGAGGUGCUGCAGGCGCUGGAGGAGCUCGCCGUCAACUACGACCACAAGAGCCAGGAGGUGGAGAACAAGAACCGGUGCAACGAGCAGCUGAACGAAGAGCUCGCCCACAAAACGGUGAAUCUGGAGGCGGCCCAGAGGGAGCUUUUAUCUCUGCAGGACGUCAGCUCUCAUCAUAGGAAGCGUUCUGCAGAAAUCCUCGGUCUGCUGCUCAGAGACCUCAGUGAAAUCGGCAGCGUCCUCGGAACCACCGAGCUCAAAGCGAUGACGGAGGUGAGCGGUGUGAUGGAGGACGAGUUCACCACGGCUCGCCUCUACAUCAGCAAGAUGAAAUCUGAGGUGAAGUCUCUGGUGAACCGAAGCAAACAGCUGGAGCUGAGCCUGGCAGAGAACAGCUGCCGGUCCGAGGCCACCGAGAGGGAGCUGAGCACCUGCCAGCUGCUGGUGUCGCAGCUGCAGGCCAAGCUGGCGUCUCUGAGCAGCGACCUGCAGAAGAUGGAGCAGAAGAAGAGGCAGCUGGAGGAGAGUCAGGACGCCCUGAUGGAGGAGGUCGCCAAACUCACCGCCCAAGGCCAAAUGCACGAGCUGAACGUGAUGGACAAAGAGAAGGAACACAUGAGCCGACUGAAGGACGCCGUGGAGAUGAAGAGAACGCUGGAGGAACAGAUGGAGAACCACAGAGAAGUCCACCAGAAACAGCUGAGUCGACUCCGAGACGAGAUCGAGCUGAAACAGAGACACGUGGACCAGCUCAAAGAUGUGAACCAGGCUCUGCAGCUGGAGAACAGGAAGCUGCAGUCCGACUUUGACAAACUGAGAACCGAGGAUCAGAACAAAGAGCAGAAGCUCCAGAAGCUGCAGUUCCUGAACGAGAAGCGAGAACAAGCCAAAGAGGACCUGAAGGGUUUGGAGGACACUGUGGUACGUAUAGUUUUCUUAAUAUUGUUUAAUGUGUCUGUUUGUGCAGCUCUGACAGAUCUGAGAUCAGCUGAGAUCUUCUGUUUCCAACAGGCCAAAGAGCUUCAGACGCUCAACAAGCUCCGUAAACUCUUCAUCGAGGACCUCGGAACCAGAGUCAAGAACAGUUUAGAGAACGACAACGACGAGGCCGGCGGCAGUCUGGCUCAGAGACAGAGGAUCAUCUUCUUAGAAAACAACCUGGAGCAGCUCAGCAAAGUCCACAAACAGCUGGUUCGUGACAACGCAGAUCUCCGCUGUGAGCUUCCAAAGCUGGAGAAGCGUCUCCGGGCGACGGCUGAGCGGGUGAAAGUUCUGGAAACCGCCCUGAGGAACGCUAAAGAGUCGGCCAUCAGGGACCGCAAGCGCUACCAGCAGGAGGUCGACCGCAUCAAGGAGGCCGUCCGCUCCAAGAACGUCUCCAGGAGAGGACACUCGGCUCAGAUCGCUAAACCAAUCAGAGCCGGACAUCAGCACCAUCAGCAUCCGUCCUCGUCGCCGUCCGUCAGGCCGACCAUCAGAGGGGGCGGGGCAUCGUCCAGCCCACAUCACCACUACGCCCGGCAACAUCAGGCUCAGCAGCAGCAGCAGCAUCAGAGCCACAGCAAGUAGAGCUUCAGGUUGCCGACGCCUCCGGAUCAGUUUGUGUUUCUGUGGAUCUUUGAUUCUAAACUCUCCUGUUUUCACCGUUCUGCCUUUACUGGAACCAAACCCCUCAAUUCUCCACCUGAACAACCAACAAGUGCUUUGUGUUCUGAGUUCUGCUGCUCGAGUCUGUCAGAAAGAUUCACUGCAUCCAGAUUUCUGUUUCUUUCAGUUUAAUGUCAAUGUUUAAUUUCUCUGCCUUUAGUCAACAGUGAGGGAGGUUCUGAUUUAAACUCAUCACAGGUGAAAGGCAUCGGGUCGGUCCUCUAGAUAAGUGUUACUUUUUGGAGUUCUCUCUUGUUGCGUCUUUAUGAUUGCGUGUCUUGAAGGGGAAAACUGGCCUUCUUGUAGUCUCUGGGUGGUUCUUGGAAGGGCUGGAACCCCUCAAUAGUUCUCCUGGAGGAUUUCAGCAGUCACCUUAAAAUAAUGGAGGAACCUGGAGGAGGUGAUUGGGAGGAACGGCCUGCCAGAACUGAACCUGAGUGGUGUUCUGUUAUUGGACUUCUGUGCUGGUCAUGGAGUCGUCAUAAUGAAUGCCAUGUUCCAGCAUAAGGUGGCUUGUAAGUGUACUUGGUAGUGAGGAUAAACUGGGAUCUUCUGACUGAGGACCCUGUCCAUAGAGUCUUUAAUUCCCACCUCUGGAAGAGUUUCUCCUGCAUCUCGGUGGUUGGUGGGGACAUGGAAUGUGAAUGAGCCAUGCUCAAAGCCUCCAUUGUGGAAAUGUCCAUAAAGAGCUGUGGCCAGAAGGUCACUGGUUCCUUUAAUGAUGGCAUCUCAAGUCCAUACCUGUGGUAGAGGUCACCGAGGUAGUCAAGAAACUCGUCCCGAGAUGCUGAAGCUCUGGACAUUGUUAGACUGUCAUGGCUGGCAGGUCUCUUCAGUGUUGCGUGGGCAUCGGGUGCUUGUGAAGUGGCAGACCAGGGUGGUGAUUCCCAUUUUUCAAGGGGGGACCUGAGGGUGUUCUCAUUCUAUCGGAGUAUCCCAUAUCCUGAGCCUCCCAGGCAAAGUUUACUGCAGGGUGCUGGAACAGUGGACCAAUGGACCACGUCUUUACCCUGCAGAGAUGCUAAAGGGGUCACGGGAGUUCAACCAGCCAGUCCACAUGUGUUUUGUGGAAUUGUAAAAGGCCUGCUACCAUGUCCCCUGAGGGGCUCUAUGGGAGGUACUGGGGCAUUAUGGGUACUGGGGAUGUUGUCAUUGUACAAAGAAAGUGUGAGCUGCAUUCACAUUCUUGGCCAAAAGUCAAACAUGUUUCAGUUGCUGUUGGACUUCCAACCCUCAUCUGUGGUUCCGAGCUCUGGGUAGUAGCUGGGAGGAAACCCCAGAACCUACUGGAAGGAUUUUAUAUCUCAUCUGACCUGUGAUAUCACCACAGUAUCUCCUAGGAGGAAAUGGAAAGCGUAGCUAGCUGCCUUUGCGACUCAACUCAAAGUAAAUGGAUCCAUAGAUCAUUUGCUCAAAGUAAAUGGAUCGAUGGAUGGUUAGAAGUCUUGUUUUUGACUAAAUUGGUCCAAGGUUGCAUUUAUAAAUCAUCAUGUUGCCUUGAAUUCAAACACAAAUUAGAUUAAAGACUUUUUCAGUCAGACUCAGCACAGCAACAAACACGUUCAUCUCUAUCUGCCUUUCAGUCUACAUUAUGAGGAAUGUUUACACCUUUUAUUCAGGCAUCUAGCAGUUUACAGACAAAGUUAAAUGUAUCUUCACCACUGAGAGUUCAGUAAAGUUUCACAAAAAAAACACAAAAAAUCAGAGCUCAUCAAACUGUUCAACGUUUGGAAUUAUCAGAGAUUUCAGGAAGCAUUUAAGCAUUUUUACAAAAAUAUAUUAAAAUUAGAGACACAUUUGUACCUUUACUCUGAGUGUCACAUCACAGAUCAAGUACAGGUGUCAUUUUCCCAGAAAUGUCUGUAAUUUUAAGGACAUUAAGCUGGAAUUAUUAUGUAGAAUUUUUCAGACAGAGCACAAUUUAAAGUCAAAGAUCUCCUGCAGUUCAUUUAUAAUAUUUCCAAUAGAUUUUACAAACUGUUUCUAUAGAACAAGCAUUUUUUUCUCGCAUUAUCACAACUUCUCUCUCAUUAGAGAUGCAUUUUCUGGCCUUUGUUUGACAGGACGGUGUAGAAAUACAGCAGAUUAUUGUGUUCUAUAUUUACCAACAAAUGUUUACCUCUAAAUAUACUUUUCUUAUAUUCUUAACAACUUUAAUAAUUAACCAUCUUUACAAUAAUUUUCUAAGGUUUCUUGUACAACUUUCUAACUUUCACUCACGUUCAGUUUGUAAGCCAUAAAAGGGAUUUUAAUCAGCAUAAAGAAAGUUUUUUUUAUUCUUCCAAACUCACUCUGAAUGUUUUAUCUCACUGAAGUCUUUUUUUAAUGUUUAUUAAGGAGCUGUUUUUACCGUGUUGUGUUCAGGGGUGUUUCUUAAGUGUCCCUGCAGUGAAAACCAUGAUGCACUCGAAUGCAUCGCGGGUGUUUUUGUGUGUCUGUCGGCUUCCUGUGUUACGCUCUAGUGCAGCUGUUGUGUAUCCUGAGGUGAAAUACCGCUGCUGGACUUUCAUACCGACUGUCCCAAAUGUAUUAUUAUUAUUAUUAUUAAUAUUUAGUUAUUAUUAUUAUUGACAUGAUGCCGAUCGGCCAAUCAGAGCAUCGUGUUGCCUUCAGUGUUAGUCGGGAUAUUUGCAGCACAGAGUUGUGUUUAAGUGUUUAUUCGUGUAUCGAUGAAACUUGCUGUCGAUGACAAAUCUGAUUCCCAUCCUGAUUAAAGUGUUCGUGCUUCGGUUUGCUGGUGAAUCAAAUGAAAAACCUUCUGUGGAGUUUUACAAACGUGGAUCAUCAGGGUUGGUUUUGUGUUCAAGAAGAGAUUCAUAAAGACGUGAAGAAGAAGAAAGUGAUUUAUGAUCUGCCAUCAUUCUGUAAUAAACUUCAACUAAAACUC